AUGGAGUAUUGCUAUAGUGACACUACAAUUACUUCAUCCUUAUCCCCUCCUCCUCCUCCUCCUCCUCCGCCGCCGCCACCACCGCCCGUGGUCAGCCCUUGCGCCGCUUGCAAGAUCUUGCGGCGGCGAUGUGUAGAAAAAUGUGUGUUGGCACCCUAUUUUCCUCCAAAUGAUCCAAUCAAGUUUACCACUGCUCAUCGUGUUUUUGGCGCAAGCAAUAUAAUCAAAUUCUUGCAGGAACUGCCAGAGGACCAAAGAGCCGAUGCGGUGAGUAGCAUGGUUUACGAAGCAAAUGCCAGACUAAGGGAUCCUGUGUAUGGAAGUGCAGGAGCGAUUUCCCAACUCCAAAACCAAGUUAAUGAACUUCAACAACAACUAGCAAUGGCACAAGCUGAGAUUGUUUAUAUGCAAUCUCAACAAGCAAAUCUUAUGGCCCUCAUUUGGAUGGAAAAAUGGCAAAAUAUGAGUCCUCACCAACACCAUUCCUAUGACAAUGAUUACCAAACCAAUAUGAGGUUCCUGGAUGAAAAUCUUGGAUCAUUAUGGGAGCAUGUUUGGAAAUGA